UCACUAGAUAGAUAAUAAUGGCAGUAUGUAGGUCGUUGGUAGCUGGUACAACGUCUCUGUCUUGCACCUCGCGCUACUUAUCAGCCGGCGCCCGGCACUCCUUAUACCAACCGGUGACUAUCGUAGUACUCUAGUACUGUCUAGUGCUAACCAUCACCAUUUCUACCAUACUAGUCUCAUGAUUCGUGUCUACAUAGUGCAUAAUCAAUAAUAAAAAAUAACAGCUCGUCCAGCUAAAAACGUUAUUCUAAAGAAUUUAAUGUUAUUAUAUAUUCAUAUUUUCUUUGUCACAUACUAUAGUCUAUAGGAAGCGAAGUGCCUAUACUUCUGUAAAAGCGUGAAGUACCUAUCUAGUAGCUAUUAUUUUGUGCACAAGCAAAUCAGUGCGUACUAUACAUAGCUUUACAAAAUGUCUGAUCAAGAGCCAAUGCAAACCAAUUUUUGUGCCGAAAAACGUUUUUCAUUAUCAUAUGAUGCAUUAAAUACCAUGCGAAGAAACAGUCAGUUUUGCGAUGUGACAUUUGUAGUUGGAGAAAAAAAAAUAGCAGCUCACAAAGUUAUUCUGGCUUCUCACAGUAAUUAUUUUGAUAAAAUGUUUACUGGAAAUUUCAAAGAUACUAAUUUGUUGGAGUUAAAAAAUGUAGAGAUCACUCCUAAUUCACUUGAGCUAUUAUUGGAUUUUCUAUAUACAUCACAAUUAACAAUAAAUGAUUCUAACGUGCAGGAUUUAUUGAUGGCAUCAAAUUUUUUAUUGCUCAAUGAUGUGAAAAAGGAAUGUUUAAAUUAUAUAGAACAAACAAUUGAUAUUGAAAACUAUAUGACAAUAAAAUGUGUUGCCGAUAAAAAUAAAAUAAGAGAACUGCAUGAACUAUUUUUGUCAUAUAUACUAAAAAAUUAUAAGGAUAUUGUUAAAUCAAAUACAUUUUUAUCAUUUUCGUUUGAACUGAUGAUGGAACUUAUUCAGAGUGAUGACUUGUGUGCAGAAGAAGAAGAGGUUUAUGAAUCUACAAUGAUGUGGUUGAAACACGAUCUAAAAGAACGUUUAAAAUACUUGCCAGAGUUAAUUAAGUCCAUUCGGUUUAGUCUAAUGUCAGUUGAUUAUUUGGAUAGUACUGUUCAAGAAGAGGAUCUCAUUCAAUCUGAUAAUACAUGUAUGCGUUAUUUAUUGCAUGCCUAUAAGAUCCACCGGAAUAUAAAGACAAUGGAUAAUGAUUCAGUGUUCACUUGCAAUAAUACACGUCGAAAAUUCAACGAGAAAUCACAGUCUAAUAAUCUAGGAAUUGAAGCUUUUAAAGUUAACAUUUCAUCUCACAACAAUUUUAAGAUUUUUAUAGAUUCACCAGAAUUUAUGUCAUUAAAAUUUGAACAGAUGAUGGAAUUAAUUAAAAGCGAUGAUUUAUGUGCUGAAGAAUUACAAGUUUAUGAAGCUACUAUUUCAUGGAUAAAAUAUGAUGAAAAAAAUCGUUCAGAAUUGUUUCCUAAGUUAUUCCUCUCAAUUCGUUUAUCAUUAAUGCAAUCAAAAGAUUUGAUCAGUGUGAUUUUAGAUGAAGAUCUGGUGACGUCAAAUUCAAUAUGUCUUGACUUUUUAUUGAAUACAUAUGAAAUGUUAACACUUGAUAAAAAUAUAUUAAUGACAACUUCGCAAUUUCAUGGAUUUAAUAUUUUCAAUUAUAGAAAUCACAACUUAAAACAAGUCCUAAUAUUAUAUGAGAAAUCGGGUUAUUCAAAAAUAGAGUGGUUUGACAGAAUCGACAAUGCUUCUUACGAAUGUUCAUUAACAUGGCCAUCUGACUUUACUACGUCAAAUUUAAUACUAAGAGAUGGUAGAAUCUUUAGUAUAAGUUACGGUGAUGGUAUUAAUUCCGUGAAAUUAUAUGAUGGACAUCUUAAUGUAUGGAAGACUAUAAGUACUCCUGUUUUUGUUCAUAAUUGUUCAAGUAUCAUACAAUUUAAUGAUCGAGUAUAUGUAAUGUCUACAAGAGGUGUUGAGUAUUAUGAUAUUCUAAGUGAAACAUGGCAAGAAGUUAAGUUUAAAAUAAAAGAAGUUGAAAGUCUAAAACUUGCAGUAGUUUCAGAUUUAAUUUAUGGUGUUUGCACUACGAAAGCUUUUUAUUAUAAUCCAAAAACUGACUUUGGUCAAUUAAUCUGUCCUUUCACCGCUGAUAUUGAUAUACAUCAAGUGUAUUCAAUUUUUUCAUUUAAUAACCGAUUGUGUGUUAUUGGUGGCAAUAUUUCAAAUAAUUAUAAUCAUAUUAUUUUUGAAAAGUACGAUCCAAAAACUAAUACGUGGAUUAGAAUUAGUCGUACAAUUAACCGGACAAAAAGACCAGGUGUUAUUGAACUGGACAAAAAACUAUACCUGAUGGGUGGUGAUGAUUGUAAUUCUAUUCAACUCUACAAUCCUGAUUUUAAAAUUUUUAAAGCUGUGAUUGGAUUAUACCUCAAAUCUUCAAUACAUUCUAACACACAAGCAUUUGUAGUUGAUACAAAAAGUAUAAAUCUAAAGAACAUUUUGAAAUAUUAUUCCAAUAAUGAAAUUUAAAGCUUUACUUAAGAGGACGCCACACUCUCUGAGACGACUGUCUCCAUCCAGAGAUGGAUGAGAGAUUACAAGUGCGUAACAUAGCAAAUUUACGCUCAGCAGAUUACAUUUAGCUCCUUUAGUUUAAAAAUUAUAGUGAAUCGACCUAUUAUGAAACUUGAUGGUAAGAACAUUAUCUGUCUUCGUAUGUUAGUUUUUUACGAUAGUUCAAUUUUUUAUCAAGUUAUGCGUACUUAAUAUAGCGUAAAAUUAAAAAUGCUCAUAACUCAUUUAAAAACUGAAUAAUCGUAAAAAACUACGGUCACUCUAUAAUUUUUAAACUAACGGAGCUAAACAUGAUCUGCUGAGCGUAAAUUUGUUAUG